AUGAACAGGAGCUUUCGCAGUAUCUUGCCCCAUCCUAAUUUGCAAUCAUCCGGCUCGUCAGGUCCACCGCUGCCACAACCUUACCGCCGGCCCACCGGCCGCACACCCCGCCAGCUGACGCUCGUAGCUUGCGCACGAUGCCGCCGCGGCAAGUCGAAGUGCGACGGCGAUCGCCCGGUUUGCGGCAGCUGCAGGCGGAAGAAGACGGCCUGCGUCUACGAUGUCGCCGAGACGAACACCACCCGAGCUAUGGCUGCGAGGCAACAGCAAGCAAACCAACGACUUGAAAACGAACAACUGCACGAGCUUUUUCGCAUUCUGCGCACGCUGCCCCACGCGGACGCUCACGCCGCCCUAGACCAGCUACGCACAGCCGACAAUGCCCUGUCAGCCCUGCGGUCCUUGACAGGUUCCCAAUUGUCGAUCUACAGGCUCGAUGAGUUCCCGGACCCCCAGGGGGCAACCUGA